UAGUAAAAAAACAGAGGCUUUGUGUAUCGGACGUGCCUUUCUAUUGGCCCUACAGUCAGGCAGAGGAGGGACUGCAGUAAAAAGCUAAGAGGAGAUGCUCAGCUGUGUUUUGUGAUAGUGAUGAUGGAUCGAUGGAGGGGUAGAGUUGCUCUUGUCACUGGUGCUUCAGUGGGCAUCGGAGCUGCGAUCGCUAAAUCAUUAUCCCAGCAUGGCAUGAAAGUGAUUGGAUGUGCCAGGAACGUAGAACAAAUAGAGAACUUGGCAUCAGAAUGCGUACGUAAUGGAUUCAGUGGCACUCUGGUUCCAUACAAAUGCGAUCUGUCUGUAGAGGAGGAGAUUUUGUCCAUGUUUGCCUGGAUCAAAGAUCAACAUCAUGGCGUUGAGGUGUGCAUCAACAACGCUGGCUUGGCUUUCCCAGAGCCUCUAUUACAUGGCAAAACAAGUUACUGGAGGACUAUGUUGGAUGUAAAUGUGAUUGGACUGUCGGUGUGCGCCCGUGAGGCUUACCAGUCUAUGAAAGAAAGAAAUGUUGAUGACGGCCAUAUCAUUAACAUUAACAGCAUGUGCGGACACAGAGUCAUGAAUCACGCUGAUGCACACUUCUACACUGCCACCAAAUAUGCUGUGACUGCUCUCACAGAAGGUUUACGACAAGAGCUACGGGAAACCAAGAGCCACAUACGUGCCACAAGUAUAUCACCUGGUUUAGUGGAGACAACGUUUACCACCCGGUUUUACAGUGACAAGCCAGAAAUUGCAGCUGCUGCCUAUAGAAGUAUAAAGUGUCUACAGGCAGAAGACAUAGCUAAUGCAUUGGUGUAUGUUCUGAGUGGUCCCUCUCAUGUCCAGAUUGGAGACCUUCAGGUGAUGCCUCUGGAACAGAUGUAUUUGUAACACUCUCUAAAAACGCAGCAUUUCUGAAAUGCUGGCCAGGAAUCUAUCUAACAGGACUGAAAAAUAAUGGGCUUUGGCAAAAUGUAAAAGUGUAAAAAUGCACCAACAUUUCACAACAUGAUGGGGCAAACAUUUUUUCUCAUAGUGAUAUCCUUUUUCCUAUUGCAUGCAAGUUUGCCAAUCAUAGAAUAUCCAGAUGAAAAAAUCAUUAAUAUAUGUGACCCUGGAUCACAAAACCAGUCAUAAAUUGCAUGGGUAUUAUUUGUAGCAACAGUAUCAAAAUUUCAUUUUUGAGAGUGGAUGCAGCAAAAUCGCAAAAUACAUUGUAUGGGUCAAAACUAUCGAUUUUUCUUUUAUGCCAAAAAGCAUUAGGAUAUUAAAUAAAGAUCAUGUUCCAUUUAGAUAUUUAGUAAAUUUCCUACCGUAAAUAUAUCAAAAUUUCAUUUUUGAGAGUGGAUGCAGCAAAAUCGCAAACAAAAAUAGCCAGAAACACAUCGACAAACAUCGCUCGCUGCUACCCGCUCUCUGGGAAUUACCCACUCAAGUUUAGUAUCUAUGUAAAGCUUAGAAUUUCUGCUUUCAGGCUCAUCUACUUUCCACAACGUCAUUACAGCGGUAAGCCAAUAGAGAGCGUUAAAACAAAACUGUUCCUUCUUAGCAACAGCCUGCUACAGCUCCUCUGAUGGACAACUUUAAAGGCCCUUUUCUCAUGCAGUAUUUAGAUUUUUUGCUCCCUCAGAUUCCAGAUUUUCAAAUAGGCCUAGUUGUAUCUCGGCCAAAUAUUGUGGGUGUCCACUGUCCAGCCAGAGAUGACUAGUUAGUGUUUUUAUAAAUGACGAAAACUAAUUUUUGCAUUAAUCAUAUGAAUUAAUUAUAAGAUCUGACAGCCGCUUGGGGCUCCAUGUUUUCUCAUGCAUGAAUGGCAGCUUGAGGAAAAUUUCCUAGCAACCUGAAAAGUUCAGAGCAGAAGAUAAAAUAUGUGUUCUUCCAUGAAGUACCCAUUGUUUCACCGUUGCAGCGUGCCAAUAGAAAACAUGAGCCUUUUUUUAAUCCCUACCCCAACCUUUAAUUCAUAGAUAGUUAUUCAGAUAUACAGUUGUUUAGAUAUUAAUCUAGCCACUUUCUCCUUCAACUCAUUAAUUCUGCAUUCACAGCAGUCUUGAGGCGACCCCUCGCUUCUCUACCCUGCAUGUGGACACAAGCGUGUGGUUACUCAGCAAAAGCCACUCACUCUCAUGGGAACGGAGACUCGCCCUCUUAACCCCAUUUCCAUGACCGUAACAGCAUGGAACGCAUUGAAAUCAAUCGCGAAUUGUCUUUAGCGCUUUGAAAGUGAUACUAUUGUACUGUUUUGGAAUGCAUUUCAUUUCAUAACGUCUACACCCUCUGAAUGCUAGAUUAUUAUUGCAUGUCUGGGAACCAGAGAUGUGGUGUGAGACUCCACAUUGUUUUCAUGUGCUCAUUCUAGAUCUGCUGAGUACAGCAGGGGUCACGGAGAAGGAAGUCAGUGUGAUGUAAAAUGGUGUGAUGUUCGGCUCAGACCAUAAUUUGAAUAAAUUUGGGUGGUCCGUCAUUUAAAUAAUGGAAAUAGUUUAACCAACUAAAGUAUAUUAUAGUUUGUAUUCUGUACAGUAUGUAGGUCUUACGCUUUAAUAAGAAAGAGUUGAAUGUAGAUCAUUUGGUAACAUGUUACAGUAAGGUUUACUAUUUACUAUUAUGCAUUUACAACCAAUUGUUGUAAAGUGUUACCAAUAAUAUUGUACCACAUAAAAAUACAUUAAACCCUACAAUUUGGUGUAUGUGUGUGAUUGAAGACCAAGAAAUUAUUUUAUAUAUUAACAUUUUUGAGGGGCAAUCUUUGGAAGUCCAUUUUACUUAAUCAAAUGUUUUUAUAUAUAUAUCCCAGUGCAUUUAGGCA